GUUUCAGAGAGGACCUACAGACAGGGACAGGUCUAAAUGUGAUGAUGGAGUAUGUAUAGGUCGUUUGAAUAACUACGUUACGGCUUUAAAGUCACUUUUUUGUUUCAGUUUCAUUUGAACAAAGCCGUCCUCUGAGCCUGAACUACACUGGUAAUAACGGGGUUUUUUAAAUGUUGGGCAUUUCCCAAACGUGGGGUUUUCCCUCAGAGCUGUUGUUGAUGCGAUGUGUGAAUACAUCUAAAAUUAAAAAAGUGUAAAAACUUCAUGCUAUUAAAGUUAAGCCUCACAUCUCUACAAGCUACUUUAAGCAAUAGUAAAAAAAAUAAAUAAUAAUAAUACACCAUACACAGAUACAAUUUAUACAAUAUAGACCAGAAGCACACAAUUAUUAUGAAAUAGUCUAUGCAAAUAAGACAAAAAUAAUAUAGAUAGAUAGAAUAGAAUGAAAUAUUUAAGUAAAUCAGAAGUGCAGAAACUACCAUUGGCUAUAGUAAAACUAUAAAUCCUAAGAAUGUCACACUUGUGGGGCAAUAUAAUUUCAUCAUAGAAGAAUAAACAAUAAAUAAAUACCAAAUACCAUUAGGCUUAUAUUAAAUAUAUACAGUGUUACUAAGAGCGAUCCAUACAGUGCCUAUAUACUGUUCUAAUAACCUUAUUCUUGCCUUCUUAUUUCACUAUUUACAAUUGUAUCAUAAAAGGUCCAGAUUUAAUACAUUUCCAAUCAAAAUAUUAUUACUAUACAUUUGUUCACUUUAUGACGUUUCAUUGUAGGUUUGUUGUUUGUGUUCUAUCGAAACAGGAAGGGAUCUCUUGGGGGAUGGCCAACAUACAUUUAUGACACACACUUAAGCACAUGUUUGCAAUGUCUCUUGUAAUCUGAAACCCUUGUGAAUCCGAGAGUGUCCACAAAUCAGUUACCACCACGUUUUAACUGCUGCUUACGUGGAUCUCACACAAUGUGCCUUGUGUUUUUGAUGAUCCAGCAAGACUGUCAGCAAAACAUCCCCUGCACAGCUCAGGCAAGGAACAAAAAUUGCUGUUGUAAGUAGGUUACUACACUCUGUCUGUCUUUGUGUGUUGUAUGAAUUUACUCUUUCUGCUUGUUAACGGAACCAAAAGCUCACCAGGUCAGGACCACCACAGAUGGCUGUCCCCUUUGUUCCAGUCCCAGUGAACUGGUCUGGAGCGUGCAGGUCUUGGACCAAGAGGGGGUCUCCAAUACAUACUGCUUCAUCCAUAAACUUUGAGCCCUCGCUUCCAGGAAGUAUUUCCUCGGUGAGAGGAGUUGGACCACGGGGUGCUGCAGCUGGGGCUCUCACCCCAGAUGACUCCUGGUGUAGAUCCAGAGGAGACGUGUUGGAUGGGUCCUCCACUCUGCUGGAGGGUGAUGGGUGGGCAGAGAGGCCCAUUACCCCGACACUGCUGGGCUUCGAGAUCCUAGAGGAGAGGGCCAAGUUUACUGUUUAUAAGAUCCUGGUGACAGGGUGUCAAGGAGACAGCUGGGUGAUCUUCAGAAGAUACACUGACUUCUGCAAGCUCAGUGACAAGCUUAAAGAGUUGUUUCCCAGUUUUAGCCUAGCCCUGCCUUCUAAGCGCUGGUUCAAAGACAACUAUGAUGAAGCGUUUCUAGAGGAGAGGCAGACUGGGCUGCAGACGUUCCUGCAGAACCUGACGUUACACAAAGACAUCAUCAGCAGUGAAGCUGUCAAACACUUUCUGUCUUUGGUUGACCCGCCAGGUCCUUUUGACAGUCUGGAGGACAGUAGGGCUUUUUGUGAGACUCUGGAGGAGACUAACCAUCGUCUUCAGAGGGAACUCUUGGAAAAUCAGAGAGACGUUGACAUGUUAAAGAAGACACUGGAGGAGAAGGAAAACCACAUCAGACACCUGGUGAAGAAAGUCAAAUCCCGGCCACUUUCUACUGAGAGCUUUGAGGAUAUUUUCCAGUUAACAGCUUUGAUAACAACAGACACCAACACACACACAGAAGGAGAGACAGAUGUGAACGGAUCUGAGCAAAAACAUACAGAUGGAAAUGAAGAGGCGGACGAUGACAGAGGAUUCUUAAAUCAAACUAUGAAACAACAAGGGGACAAGGUCAUGAGGCCUACUAGUGGUCAUCAGUGAAACCGAAGCAGAAAAUCCACAAUGACACAUUUUCAGUUUCUGCUCUGAAGCAUCUGCAGACGCACAAGCUCAGGGUAGAAAAAUGGACAGACCGACUUCUGUCUACUUCAAUAUCAUUAAUGAAAUGUAUUAGUUACACUACUAGUUACUGGGGAAAGUAAUAUUAUUACUGUUAUAUUAUGGUAAGUUACUGCCCAACACUGACCAUAAAUACCUCAAGAUAUCAAGCUUUGUCUGUAUUUGUCUGUAUUAUGUUUCGUUGAAAAGGGAACAAUCUGCUCCCCUCAAAUGUAAAUAUUGAACCUUGUUAUUCAUAAUGUA